AUGGUUGAUAAUAACAGUUAUUAUGGUGUUGAGAUCCCUUCUAUGGGACUUUUUUCAAUAGUUAUAACCGCUAUUGGAACGGUCAUUGGCUACAUUGUAGCUUUUAGAAAUGGUCCUAAAGAUGGAAAACAUCUUUCAUUAUUUUAUACCGUUGAUUCACAUAAUAAUGAGGUGCAAGAACCAAUCCCAACCAUUACAUUCAAUCGAAUUAUUGUCUUAUACAAUUUCGCGACGUUUGGAUCUGCGUUAAUACCUACAGCCAGAGUUUUACAUUUGGGUAUUUUUCGAGAAAAGAUCUCGUUACAACCUGUUGAGUACUAUAAUAAAUUACCAUCAGAACCAAAUAUUGAUCAAGUGAUAGUGUUGGAACCAAUGAUUGCAACUGGUGGUACAGCCAAUGCUACUAUUAAUAUUUUAAAAGAUUGGGGUAUAAAAAACAAGAUCAAGUUUAUAAGUGUUUGUGCAUCUCGUCAGGGAAUUGAACAUAUUUUGAAAAUGCACACAGAUGUUGAAAUAUUUGUUGGAGUUGUGGAUGAAAUCUUGGAUGAGCAUGGUUAUAUUAUUCCAGGUUUAGGUGAUGCUGGUGAUAGAUUAUAUGAUACUCCACAUUUGUGA